AUGAAGAUAGUUGUAUUAGAUGCAAAGACAUUAGGAGAUACACCAUUUGAUAAACUUCAGAAAUAUGGAGAAGUGAAAAUAUAUGAAAGAACAGAAAAAGAAGAAAGGAAAGAAAGAAUUAAAGAAGCAAACAUUAUAUUAACAAACAAAGUGAUAAUUGAUAGAGAAGUAAUGGAAGGGAAUGAAAAUAUUAAACUAAUAGGAGUAUUGGCAACAGGAUAUAAUAACGUUGAUAUAGAAUAUUGUAAAGAACAUAAAAUAGGAGUGGUGAAUGUUGCAGGAUAUUCAACAGAAAGUGUAACACAAAUAUGCAUAGGACUAUUAAUGGAAUUAACUAAUAAAAUAUCAAAAUUUGAUCAAUAUGUAAAAACUGGGAAGUAUAGUCAUCAGGAUAUUACAUGUGUGGAGGUGACAAAAAUUGGGAAAGGGUUAGGAGCAAAAGUAUAUUAUUACAGUACAACAGGAAAGCAUGAAGACCAAGAAAUAGAAAGAAUUUCAUUUGAAGAAAUGAUUAAAACAAGUGACAUCAUUAGUAUUCAUUGUCCACUUACUGAUAAAACAAAAGGACUUUUUAAUUAUAAAGUAUUUCAAGAAAUGAAAAAAAGUGUAAUAAUCAUUAAUAUGGCACGUGGACCAAUUGUUGUAAAUGAUGAUAUUGCAAAAGCACUUCAAGAAAAUUUAAUUGGAGGAUAUGGAACUGAUGUUUUUGAUGAAGAACCAAUUAAGGCAUCAAAUAAAUUAUUAGAAGUAAGAAGUGAAAAGAUUGUAUUUAGUCCACACAUUGGAUGGGCAACAAUUGAAGCAAGAGAACGUUUAUUUAAUGAAACACUAAAGAAUAUUGAAUCAUUUCUAAAAGGAGAAUAUAGAAAUAGAAUAGUCUAA